AUGCCUAAGCAGGCUUAUCGAGCUCAGCACAGGGAUGUGCAUUCCCACUUGAUGCAGGCAGCCGCCAGUCAUUAUCCUUUGACGGUGAAAGCACCACCCAGGCUGGAUCAGCCACAGGAACUUGCCAAUUCAGCAAAGCACAUGUGGGGUUUGUUUCGGCAAAUGAGACAGCAGCGGCGCACUGCACAGGGCGUGGUGACAGCAUGGCGGCUAUGGCAACGGUUUCAGCAGGCGCACCGUCUUCACAAACAAAAAUCACGCCAAAGAACUAAACAGCGACGUGAUGAUCUCAUACAACAGGCCCACGACUCGGCGGCCACCGGCAACUUGUUCGGCCUCUGGCGGGUGGUCAAGCAGCUCGCUCCGAAGGCACCUAGAAAGCGCCUGCAAUUGCAUCGGGACGGGCGCAUCAUUAGUACUGAAGAGGAGCUGCAGUGGAUACUGGAUGACUACGGUGCUAGAUAUGGAGCGAAUGCCUCAGACACACCCCCUUUGGUUGGCAACAGACUCGAUAGAAAAGCGAGCAUCGAUCCGAAUGACCUGACUCAUGUGCUACUUCGUCUCCACACGCGUAAGGCUGUUCCUCGCGAGUGUGCUCCUACUAUCCUACUGAGGGCAUGCAGCCUACAGAUUGCCGAUGCUGUGACCGCACACGUGAACCAUCAGUGGGCAAAGCCGGUUCCUGAGGUGGAGCAAGGUUGGUCUGACGCGGAGGUUGCACUCCUUCCCAAGGCGCAUGGGCGAUCACAGUCGCCGCUGGACUAUCGACCAAUCGGUCUGCAGGACCCGCUCGGAAAGGGCAUCAUGACUUUGUUGGUCCGGCAGGCGAGGAGGGAGAUUAUCGCGCUGAUUAGCAAAUUUCCUCAAACCGCUUAUAUUCCUGGUCGUAGCACCAGUACAGCUCUACGGCAGGUGUUCGGUCACUGCUACCGGAUCAGAGAGCUCAGCAAGAACGAGCGUUUGACGCUCCACCAAAGGGCAGCCGGACUACAGCAAGAACAAUGCGUCGGGGGGCUACAAAUAAGCCUUGACUUGAGUGCGGCUUUUGACACAGUAAGGUGGCAUCACCUAAAGCAGGCACUGGACCUAGCGGGUACACCGAUCCACCUACAAGAUCUCCUACUCACAUGGCUGGUCCAGGGAUGCGUUGCCUCACCCAUCUUGUGGGCAGCAUUCACCUCACUCAUCUGUGUCGCCCUUGAACAUCGACUUGGUGAGGCGUGGGCGGGUAACCAUGCGGUUCUUUACGCGGAUGACACUCACCUGCGGUGGGCCUUCGAGUCCUUUGCCCGGCUUGAAGGAUGCAUCUCCGAGGCCAGAACGGCAUUCAAAGUGCUGCAGAACUUCAAUCUCAAGGUCAACUUCGAGAAGACCAAGGCCAUCUUGAAGGUUGUGGGCUCUCAGCAGGAUAAAGUUCGGAAGGACUAUACGGAGUAUUUGGGCUUGAUCAUCUCUUAUGGAUCGUUUGAACUUCAGUCGACCAUGGACGAUGCGUUGAGCGAGUUCUUCGGGGAAGUGAAGAUCGAACAGGAAGGCAAGGCGAACAAGCGGAGGAGACCGGAAGAGGGAAGCCAACGAUGGAACCAACAGGGGACCGGAAGCCGCAACGAGGACUCAUUACUAGUUUCUUUGGCCAAGCUCACGCUUCGUCAAGAGGAAGAACUGCUAGUUCUCAAACGAGAUCACUCGCUGGUCCUGUUCAUGCGGCCGGGCAAAGAUUCGGUACUUCACUUCUUGUACCAGACGGCAACCUUGUACAAACAGAAAAUCAAGGAGAUGCCGACUUGA